AACAAAAGAAGUGGGUAAAUAAGGCUUAAAUGCAAGUCGUUUAGUUACUAUGGAUCUGGUGGACAUCGAUCAGGUCCUGGACAAUCUGGAAGCAGAGCUUAAAGCGGAUGAGCAACUGAGUCGCAAUGCACCGAGUGUAACUGUGAAUGUGGGCGUUGAGACACGCCCAUUGGGAGAUGGUAGCAGUGCUGGCGCCGCUGCAAAAAACUUUGUGGGCGUCUCUCAGGUGUUCAACAGUCUCAACGAUUAUCGCAACAAUGUGAAAUCCCUGGAGACGCAUGAAAGCUACGACUGGACGCUGGAGGCAGCUCAGCGGGAUGAGCAUGGACAGGGGGAAGGGGAGGUGAACAGCAGACCAAUUGAAGUGGAAGUGGAGGAUAAUGAUGAUCAUGACGACAUUAACAAGUUCAGUGAGGCGCAGGAAAAACAAUCAAAAUUGGGUGAUGAGAUAAGAGUCUCCUCAUCCGAAUCCCUGACCACCUCUUCCUGUUCGACAUUCUCGUCGGGUCCGUCGCCCGGCAAUGGCAGCAAUUCGGAUGAGCCGAGCACGGAGCCGCCAGAGAGCGAGAAACCCAGCGCCUUGGAGUUGCCACCAAAGGUUGAACAGGAGCAGGAUCAGCAGCAAGUGGAAUCUGUUGCUGUGGAGGAUUUGGCUGUGGGACUAUCCUCCAUUUCAAUAACCACAGAGUCCCAGUCAAUUUUGCCCUGUGAGGUGACCGCAUCCUCGGCAUUGGGUAAAGUGCUCAACGAAUUGUCCGAGGAGACGAGCACGGAGCUGGACACGCAGAGUCAACCACAGCAGGCAGCGGACAAGGACAUUCUACCAGCGGAGCCCGCUCCAACGUUGUCAGCAGCAGGAGCUCUGGAGCAGCAGGUGGCGCCUCAGUUGGAACAGUUGGAGCAGCAACAGGAGCAGCUGCCUAAACGUAGUCAACCUCUGACCUUUUGCUCCACAAUGGAUGAAAUCUCAGACACAGAGCUGGACAGCAUGUUGCAGGAAGUGGAGGUGGAGGAUAUUGAGGAGGAAACGGCAGAGGAACUGCAGCCAGCGGCAUUGUGCUACGAAUAUCAGGCGCAAGAAAUAGAUGAUGAUGAUGACGACGAGGAAGGCGCCACUGAAUCACCAGUCACUGAGGAGGAAUCUGUGCGCAUUUUGUCGGAGCAGGACACCACAUCGGCGGAUCAAUUGAAUGUGGACAACUUCUCGCAGGCAUCCACUGUGGAGUUUGCCGAGCUGCGAGCACAGGAAACGUUGCCAGCGACGGCAACAGGUGCUGAGGAGUCCUCAUCCUACAGCAGCACCGCCAGCGACACAGAUUCACUGUCUGGACGCAAAAUGGAGGAGGAGGAGGAGGAGAGUGUCGGCACGGAUGCGCUGGAAACCCAAGAGCAGCGACCACAACGUCCACAAACAUUGGACUUACAGGCCAGCCUCCAAACGAAUGCGGGACAAACUCCGCCGCCAGCAGAAGCUGCAGCUGCAGCAGCUACGUCACAAGCGGCUAACAAUGAGGAUGAGGAUGACGAUAGUCCCAUUUAUGAAGCCGUUGGCUACAGCGAUCCACAUGCGAAUCUGGGCAAAGUGCCGCCCAUUUGGGGGCCCGACAACAUGGCCGGACAGUGCAUGCAAUGCCAGCAGAAGUUCACCAUGAUCAAGCGGCGUCAUCAUUGCCGUGCUUGUGAGGUGUUGUGCUCCGUCUGCUGUUCGCAGCGUUUCCAUCUGCAGUUCGCCAAUGAGCCGGAGUCGCGUGUCUGUGUGCAAUGCUUCAUGAUACUCACCGAACGUCAGUCCAAUGGAGGCGUCUCUGAAGGCUUUGCUGGUGUCCCGCCCUCUGCGUUGCCGCCAACUCCAAUGCGCUCGCCCAAUCCCAACAAUCCCAUGGAGUAUUGUUCAACCAUACCGCCGCAUCGUCAGGUGAAUGCAGCAGGUGCAAUCCCGCCCAGCGUCAUUGUGCCCGUGGGCGUGUUGAAGAAAACCGACGGCAGCUCCGCCAAUUCCUCCAGCUCCGAUGGCAAAAAGGGACGCAAACGCAAGAGUGUCAUGUUCAGCGAUGGCAUUGCACCCGGAAGCGAGCUGGCCAGCACCAUGGAGCAGCAAUGGGGCGAGGCAAAGCAGGCGCGUCGCGGUCUGCAGCGCAGCAACAGCGGCGCGGCAAAGCCACCAACACCAGGAGCCAACGGCAGUGGCAGCAACAAUAGCAGUGGCAGUGGCAGUGGCAGCAGUAUUGACAAUAACACCGCCAUGGGAUUGGUGGCACAGCUAUUCCGUGGCUCCAUACCGCCCACGGCAGCGGCAGCAACACUUACCGCCGUCUCCAAGGGCAGCCAAGAGCAGAGCGCUGGCAGAAACACAGCGCAGACUUCACCGCGUCGCAAAGUGGAGCCACAACGCUCGAGAAAAUUGCCUCCGAGCGAUGCUCAGGGUUGUUUCAUACCCAGCGAGGAGAACGCAUUGCCGCCCAUUUGUGUCGCUGGGCGGGAAGGGGGCAACAGCAGCAGCAGCAACUGUGAUGUGGAGUACAAGGAGGUGCGCAACGAUCCCGAUCUCUUGGAGCGUCUGCAGCGUGAAACGCUCAAAUUCAUUGUGAAGAACAAUUUCUUUGUGCUUGUCAAGGUGGUCAACAUGAGUUGCUGCAUGAAUCGUUGGGUGCUUAACUUUACCACAUCGGGAUUGCAUCAUGUGGGCAACGAUGAGUUAAUUAUUUUGCUGGAGAUCAAGCCGCCACCGGCAAGCAGCGGUCCGACGGUGCCUCGUGAUAUAUUCCAGCAUCUGUAUGAGGUCUAUGUGGAGGCCGAACAGGCCAGAUCCAGCACACAGGAGUUGGCCUUUAGCAGUCCUCGAAAUGUCAACUUUUUGGGCUCCCGCGAGCAUGGAGGCUUCAUUUUUAUUAGGCCAACGUAUCAAUGCCUGCAGGGAGUUAUUGUGCCCGAUAAUCCGUAUCUGGUGGGAGUGCUUAUACAUCGCCAUGAGGUGCCCUGGGCCAAGGUGUUGCCGUUGCGUCUCAUCCUGCGUUUGGGUGCACAGUAUCGUUACUAUCCUUGUCCUUUGAUCUCGGUGCGCAAUCGUGAAUCUGUAUACGGCGAGAUAGCGCAAACGAUUAUCAAUUUCCUGGUGGAUUUUCGCAAUUAUUCGUAUUCAUUGCCCGCCAUACGCGGACUCUAUAUUCACAUGGAAGAUCGGCAGACUACGGUGAUAAUACCACGAUAUCGGCAGAAUGAUGUCAUCAAGGCUAUAAACAAUGCCACCGAUCAUAUUCUCGCAUUUGCCGGCAACUUCUCGAAAGUGGCUGAUGGACAUUUGGUUUGCAUGCAGAACAUCAACGACGAUCCCGAGAUGUAUGCUUACUCCACGCAGGCAAUCAAUAUACAGGGUCAGCCUCGAAAGAUCACUGGCGCCAGUUUCUUUGUGCUCAACGAGUCGCUUAAAAGCAGCAGCGGCCUCUCCGGCAAAUGCAGCAUUGUCGAGGAUGGUCUCAUGGUCCAAAUAAUGCCCGCCAAAAUGGAGGAAGUGCGUCAGGCUCUGCGUAAUCAAACGGAUGUUGAUAUUGUUUGCGGUCCCAUUGCUGCCACCGAUGAGCAAAGUGAAAUUGUUAGCAUCAAAUGGGUCGACGAUGAUCGGGAUAUCAAUGUGGGCGUCAAGUCGCCCAUUGAUGACAAGCCCAUGGAUGGUGUGGCCAAUAUGCGUGUUCAUGCCAGCUUCAACUAUUCCAAUACCAAUUAUGCUAUACGUUUCACUGACAUUUUUAUUGUCAAGUGUGAGGAUUGGUAUGCCACAAAUGGCAACAACUACGCAGACAUCAGCAUUGCAGAGCAAUUGGCCCGAAGCGCUUCAAUGGCGUUGCUACCAUUCCUAGAUCUGCUGUCGGCUGCUGGCAUUAUUAAACUGGCACUUCGUGCCACUUUGGACCAGGAGAACGUUUGCUAUGAGGCCGGCGCACGUGGCACAAAGCUGCCACCGCUUUAUAUGAAUGCGCUCGAUAAUCAUCUGAUAGCUACGCUGCACGGCGAGUCCUCUGGCAUUCAGGAUCCCAUUAUAUUGGAACUAGUUUUCUACAUACUAAAUGCUUAAAUGCAAGCUGGAUAUACCCGAAAGUCUUAGUCCAAUCGCUCCCACUCCCGCUAAACUGUCUAAAAAAACGAAACCGAACACAAUAAUACAUAUAUUAGGAGAAGAAUACUUUCUUAAAAUUUCUAACCACGCAUAGCUAUGUAAGCCUAUAAAGUGAUCAAGUGUUGCAGCUAUCCGGCAGUGCGUCCUCUUAUCGUUGCAUUACAAUCUCCUCCGGCUGCGACAAUGGAAACAGAUGAUAAUGGCGCACUUACUGUAUAUAAUUACUACAUGAUAACAUAUUAUCGGUGUUUUGUUUGCUCUAUUUUUC